GAAACUUCCUAUUUUGCUUCGUCGCGAAUCAAUUAAACUGCUCCGGAGAAAGCAGCGAUCGAAACCCCAAAAACCUCAAUUCUAUUGCAUAAACUUGGAAAUCGUUCGUAAGUUUUUGCCCCCUCCUCUGAAGCCAUUGAGAAGCAAGCUGUUACGCUUGGGGUCAAGAAUUUUCUUAGCCUCGUGGCACAAUCCAAGAUAUCAAACUCCGGUGCUGAAUCGUAGUUUUUCCGGGAUUAUAAGUUCAUGGCAACUGCAACUAUGGCCACGGCUGCUGGUGCUGCUGCACUUCUAUAUUAUACAUUGAACCGUAAAUUGCAGUCAAGCAGAGAUCAAGGGGAUGGAGAUGUCAAUAGUAAUGACACUUCCAGUCAUGCUCUUCUGGGAGGUGAUCGAGUUUCCCAUAGACUGAUUCAAGCGCCUGCUACAUGGCUUGAGACAAUUUCAACAUUAUCAGAGACCCUUAGGUUUACGUACUCGGAGACUCUUGGAAAGUGGCCCAUUGGGGAUUUGGCAUUUGGAAUUAACUUUCUCUUAAAGAGACAGGGAAACUUACAUGUAGGCAGUGUAUUUGGCAAUGAAGGCAGUAUUCAGCUUGAGGGAACUGAAAUAAUUUCUGAGCUGAAGUACCUCUUGCAUUUGUUGACUUUGUGCUGGCACUUCUCAAAAAAGCCAUUUCCGCUGUUUCUAGAAGAGACUGGUUUUUCUAAGGAAAAUGUUCUCCUUCAGGAACCAAAAGCAGGAAUUUUGAAGCCUGCUUUUACCAUUAUAGUAGACCAUACAACAAAAUGUAUUCUUCUGUUGAUUCGUGGAACACACAGUAUCAAAGACACUCUUACAGCUGCCACUGGAGCUGUGGUGCCAUUCCAUCAUAGUGUUGUGCAUGAGGGAGGGGUUAGCAAUUUAGUUCUAGGAUAUGCACAUUGUGGAAUGGUUGCAGCUGCUCGUUGGAUUGCAAAGCUAUCUACUCCUUGUCUUUUGAAAGCACUUGGUCAAUAUUCUGGUUAUAAUAUUAAGGUUGUGGGGCACUCUUUGGGUGGAGGAACAGCUGCACUUCUAACUUAUAUUUUAAGAGAGCAGAAGGAAUUAUCUAUCACUUCUUGUGUUACAUUUGCCCCAGCUGCUUGUAUGACAUGGGAACUAGCAGAAUCAGGCAAUGAAUUUAUCACUUCUGUUAUUAAUGGAGCUGAUUUGGUGCCGACCUUCUCAGCUGCUUCAGUAGAUGACUUGCGCGCUGAGGUGACUGCUUCUGCCUGGGUAAAUGAUCUGAGAAAUCAAAUUGAGCGCACUCGAAUUCUUAGCACUGUUUACCGUUCUGCUUCUGCAUUGGGAUCCCGUCUCCCAUCCAUGGCCAGUGCUAGAGAAAAAGUUGCUGGUGCAGGGGCAAUUCUGAGACCAGUCUCUAGUGGCACACAGGUUGUGAUGAGGAGAUGCCAGACCAUGGCUCAGGCAGCAUGGACACGACCUUCACUCCAUUUAUCAUCUUGGUCAUGCAUAGGCCCACGCCGUAGAGCCAUGACUUCUCACUCAGUGGCGGAAGAAGGUGGAAAUUCUCCAAAGUCAUCUCCAAGAAAAACGGAAUCCUGUGGGCCACUUAGAUCACCCCCUCACGAAACUGUUGAAGCCAUUGAACUUCCUGAAUCUUCAGCUACAGGGAUUCAGUGGACUAAUGAAAUUGAAUGUUCCUAUUCGGAGGAGAUAAAUCCUCAUGGUAUAGCAGAGGAGCCUGAUGAUGGUCAAGCCCUCAUGGGCCAUAUUCAACAUGAACAAAUGACGGAAGUUGAGUUAUGGCAGCAACUUGAGCAUGAACUUUAUGAUGAGAGUGAGACUGAUGUGGCCAAGGAAAUAAGGGAAGAAGAAGCUGCUGCUAUGGCAGAAGUAGGAGAGUCGGACGGGUCUGUGUCUGAAAUGAAGGAAGCACACAGAUUCUUUCCUGCAGGGAAGAUCAUGCACAUUGUCGAUAUUCAAUCAGAUGCCGUUGAUUGCGAAAGCGACAGCAGCUCCACGUCCAGCAAUAGCCCAUCAGCAGAGUCCAAUAUUGGUAUUUUCCUUACACCAAGAUCACUCUACAGCAAACUCAGAUUGUCACAGACAAUGAUAAGUGACCACUACAUGCCAGCUUACAGAAGACAGAUUGAAAAGUUAAUUAAAGAAUUUGAAAAAGGAGACUUGUUAUAGUCAAACUCAUGGGGUGGAGAGGUAGUUUUAUAGAGAAAUCUGACACAUUUUCUUCAGCACUGCUGUACAGAAUAGGAUUUGUUGCCCUACCCCAAUUGAUUUUGAAAACAAAUUUGCUUAAAAACAAGAAUUUUCCAUUGAACGAGGUAAUUACUUGUUGGCAGAGCUCAAUGUCCUUUCGAGUAUAAUGACACAACACAAGGCAAGCUGCUUUCAGAAUGUUGUUAUUGUUGAUGCAAAGAUCUUUCAGUUUCUCAAAGCUGCUGAUUCUUUGAUCUGCUUCUCUUCCAAGGUUUAUUUGCUGGUUGUUAGACAACUUGUAGCCUGUCUUAUUCCAGAAGAAGCAACCGAAAAAUAACACUGAACCUGCAAACUGGACUUUUGUAAUUAGUGUUUGACAUGAAUAGCUGCCCAAGUGAUUCAAAAUUGCUAUUUUAA